CCGUAAGAUCUGCUGACGCCAUCUGUAAAGGGAGGGGGACCCACAAAAUGAAUGGCUGAGAUCAGUUCUGUCAAAGAAGGACCACUGGACCACGCUCCUCUUAGCCACAUAUUCAACUUUUGCUCCAGUCACAAGCUGGACACGUGCUAUCAUCUCCAGGUUUUCGUGUACGGCACUCCUGGCCUACAUACACCAGGCACAAUUUAUACCAGCCAGUGAAGCACCGACACGCGUCCCUUGGUAAAUUCUAAUUGGAUAUUCCUCCGGCGCACACAGUUUAAUUACCACUGAUUUAAUCUUCAAUUAACCAGAAAAAUAAUCUUGUACAUAAUUGUAGGAUAAUAAUACUAAUAACUCAUGUUUGAUUGUGGGUACCAAAAAUUAUGUUUCUAGAAGUUACCCACAGCUAAAAAUGGCAAAGGAGAUAUGAUUAACUGAGCGUGGUUAAAAAAGAGAAUAGAAUCUCCAGCGACGCUACUGUUCCAUAUUAUACAUCACAUACACACAUAGAGCCAGGUAGAGUGAGAAAGCAAGGGGAGAGAGCAGAGGACGGACUGUCGACACUUGGCCAAUUGAAUUGGAUUCCCUCUCAAUCAGAUUUCUUGGUUAUCGACGCCAAGCCGCAAUAUGACAUCGUCGAUUCACAGUUUCUCUGAUAUGAUAUUCAUUUUCUCUGAACUCAAGGGUUGUUAUCUCCACUCCUGAGAAACUCAAAGUCAUUUGAUGGGUAAUUGGACGUAUAAUAGUGAGGCUGAUGAGCAGCAAAAGCAUGCAGAAUCUUGCACACAACAUUCACCUACAGCCAGUGGGAUGUCUCAUGCUGGUUUUCCAUCAUCAACAAUGCAUUAUGGAGCACCCGCUCAACCUGGAGUUGGAAAUGUGAUGGCACAAACAGCCUACCCCUAUCCAGAUCCUUACUACCGUAGUAUAUUUGCUCCUUAUGACGUACAGUCUUAUCCAGCACAAGCUUAUCCUCCCCAGCCUAUGGUUCAUCUUCAGUUUAUGGGAAUCCAGCAAGCCGGCGUUCCUUUGCCAUCCGAAGCAGUUGAGGAGCCAGUCUUUGUGAAUGCAAAACAAUAUCAUGGAAUCUUGCGACGCAGGCAGUCCCGUGCAAAAGCAGAGUCGGAGAAUAAAAUGGCGAAGUCACGGAAGCCAUACUUGCAUGAAUCCCGGCAUUUGCAUGCCCUGAGAAGAGCUCGAGGAGUGGGAGGCCGUUUCCAGAAAAAGAACGGCGACCGCCAGAAGACCGAAGUGGACUCAAGUGAGAAAUCACAGAACAGCAUCAACCAGGACUAUGAAAAGGAUGAUAGCAACUACCAAGAAAGUGCUCCCUCUAUUUGAAUGAAUGCCAAUUUGAUCAUAAAUCAGACAGUGGUCUCACUCUAUUUGGUAUCAUUCUGAUAUACACCUUGAUCGUGGGUUUAAGGUUGCCAGGAUUUAAGAUUUAGUUGCCCAUAUACGUGUGUGUGUGUGUGUGUGUAUCUAUUAUGAAUGUAUAUUAUUCA